CAGUUACCUCCCAUCAUACUGAUUGGCUGCUGCCUGCCAAUAACGGCCUCCAAGGGUACAAGGGUGAGAAACUUCAGUUUCUUUUUCCCCAGAACCUCCCUGUGCAGGGCUCUGGCUGGCGACGGAACCCACGCUGACAGAGGCAGCUCACCAGAAGAACUGGGAAUGGCCGUCCCAACUGUCGUGACGAUCCAGCCGCAGCACAGCGUGGCCGUGUCCACCGCCUCCAGGAACAUAUGGCAGACAGGGCUGAUGGACUGCUGCACCGACUGCGGUGUCUGCUUCUGUGGGACGUUCUGCUACCCCUGCCUGGGCUGCCAGGUGGCCGGGGACAUGAACGAGUGCUGCCUGUGCGGGACCAGCGUGGCCAUGAGGACGCUCUACCGCACCAGAUACAACAUCCCGGGCUCCAUUUGCUCUGACUUCUGUAUCACCUUGUGGUGCCCUGUGUGCUCUGUUUGCCAAAUUAAGAGAGACAUCAACCGGAGGAGGAAGAUAGGCAUAUUCUGAUGUCGCCGCCCUUGCUGCGCACUGUGGAGCCUCCAUGGGCAGGAGCCAGUGCUGCCCUGGCCAUUGGGAAAAGCAUCAUGAGGGGUUUGCCUGGGUUGUGGUUGGUUCCCCCUUUCCUGGGUGACACCAGGAAUAAACAACAAAGUUUGCCUUCC